AUGACUACCGCCACGCGCAUCGAAGACCAGCGUAGCUAUCUUCCAGAUCCGCUUUCCGUUUCCCUAAAUCGUACCUCUCGACUUUGCCAAGCUACCCUUGUGCCCUCAACCUCACUGCAGACUGCUUCUGGUCCGUUAGUGCCUACUCGCCCUUCGAGUGCUCAUCCCAGUCAUUUUUGUAAUGAAGUCGAGACAGUUACAUCGGACCGGCUUGUACCUGCAGCUAGAUCUUCCGAUUGUUGUCGUCUGACAACUUCAUUGAACUAUGAUGCCACCGACGGCCUCUUAUCAAUUCCAAGAACCGCAAUUCAUACAACCUCUUCAUCAAGAGACUCGGCCUCCACCACACUAACAUCCGGUCUGAGUUCCGUUCCUCAGCCCAACCCAGGCUUCGCUCCGCGCCAACUAGCGACAGAUCCUCCGUCAGCAGCUGUCAUUCUUCGAAGCCAUGUUACCUCUGGCCAAGCGCCAUCGCAGUUUCGUCCAGUUCGAGCAAGCCGACCUCAAUCUGCCAGCCAAUGUGGGGGUCGUGAGUCUUCCACAACUAGGCUGCAAAACUGUCUUCCUGACGAUGAUUUCUUUGCGCUUAUUCAGCGCCUCCAGUCUACGCGACUUGAAGAGCAACGCUGCAAUCCUCCUAGGCCUCAAUGA